CGUGGCGGAUUUCUUGCGAGGGAUGGCGGCGCAGCGCACAGGGAUAAAAGGGGAGCAUCUCUCUCGUUCAGGGAGAGAGAGAGAGAGAGAGAGAGAGAGAGUCUUAACUACUCGUCGAGAAAUCGUCGGUCAGGAGGGCCGGGCCGGCUCCUCCCUGUUCUUGCUCGGUUUUUCUGCUCUUCGAUCGAUUCGUUCCGAUGCGUCGUCCCACCGCCUCAGCUCGCGCGCUCGCCUUGCCACGAACGCUGCCGGGUUUGGCGCUGUAUCUCCGGGAGCUCGCGGCGACGGCGACGGCGAUUUGGUUCUCUGGGACGACGUCUUGGUGCGCCUCGCCAUUUUUCGGAAACAAUCCCUCUCUCCCACCUUCUCGCUCGGUUUGCGACGAGAGCUACAGCUACCAUCCAGGUGUUGGCCAUGGCGGCUGCUGCUGAAGCUUCAGGAGCCGGCGACAAGUACCGGUCGUUCCUGCACGGCGAGGGCGAGAAGGACACCGUGUGGAGGCAUGGAGCCCCUCCAAACUACGACGUCGUCAACAAGCUCUUCGAGGAAGAGAGAACAAAGGAAUGGGCAGAGGGGUCACUGGAGGAGAAGGUCCAGCGACCGCUCAAGACCUGGGAGAUGGAGCUCGUCCACAAGGUGCGGCCCGAGGACCAGAAGAGCGUCCACUCCCAGAAAUUCUGCGCGAGCACCAACGGGAUGGGUUUUCUGAGCCGGAAGGAGGUGAUGGCCAUCGGCGGCUACAACGCGUUCCUGAGGACGACGCUGCCGCCGGAGCACCGCAUCUACGACCCGGACAGGGAGACGCUGGAGUCCGGCAUGGCCACGUUCCUCGCGGCGUUCCCCCGGGGCUUCGCCAUCGAGGUGCUCGACGUCUACAGUGGCCCGCCGCGGAUCGCCUUCAAGUUCCGGCACUGGGGCUACAUGGAGGGCCCCUUCAAGGAGCACCCUCCCCAUGGCAAGCGGGUCGAGUUCUUCGGCGUCUGCAUCUUCCAUGUUGACGAGGAGAUGAAGGUGGAGAAGGCAGAGUAUUUCUACGAGCGCGGCAAUUUCCUCGCGAGCUUCUUGAGCGCGCCUGCUGAGGCUGCGUCAGGCUCAGGAUGCCCUGUGAUGGGAGGAAACUGAAGCACCUGGGACUGGGAACCAACAGAACGUGUCACCCAUCUGAAUGUAGUUAUCAGAUUACUAACAGAUCUGCACCUGCUUUGGUAUUAUUAAUACUAUACUGUAUAAUAAAUAA